GUGGGAUUCGAAUCUGCGAACUAAGGAUAAACUCCUUAGUUUGUGUCUCUAGAGCAGACGCUCUGUACCACACAAGUGACCUCUUUAAAUGAAUGUUGUCAUAUGUGUUGCCUGUAAUUUUGAAUUUACUUUCAGGGUUUAAUUUUUUUCAACUUUCUGCUUUCCUAAAUUUGAUUUGUGCUACAAACUUAAAAUAAGUAUAUAUUUUUAAUAGUAUCUGCAUUGUAGUUCCCAACAACUGCUCUCUAAUCUGAAAGUGUCAGUGAUGACAGCAUUAUUAUUUUUAGAAAGUGUGUUAGUAUCAAGUGAAAGCUAUGCUGAUCCUUAUUAUUUAGUAUAGAUUAUGACAUUGUUAUAUUUUUUGUAGAUCACAGAAUGCCUAGGAAGAAGAGCUGGAAGAAAGCUGCUGCAAAAAAGAACCCAUGUAAGGCAGAUGUGGGUGACAAGUACCCCACAGAUGUUGGCCACGUCCAACUGUCUGUGCCUCUGGGUGUAGGCCACGUCCUAACACCUAUGACAUCUGUACCGGCAGGGGUGGUCUCUACCACCCCUGUGACAGUGGUCUCUGCGGCUCUCCCUGAGACCACUAUGCCUCAAACUAUGCCUCAAAUGUUGCCUCUGGCUCAAACUAUGCCUCAAAUGUUGCCUCUGGCUCAAAAGUUGCCUCAAAUGAUUACUCAGAAUUCCUCUCAGUUGCUUACUCAGAAUAUCUCUCAGAUUACAACUCAGAAUAUUACUCCGUUUGUAAUGAACAAUAUACCAAAUGAAACAACACAUGCACUGCAAGGUAAUUGUAUGCAUCAGAAUUCAGAUAAUGUGGUGUUUGGAUCUUUCCAUCAGGGAAGCAUGAGGUUUUCAUCAUUUUCAAGAGGUAAUCAGUGUACAUGCAAUUCACUUAUGAUGUUGGCAAAUUCAUAUGAACAUUUUUCAUUUACUAGUUCCUUUUUAGAUCAGACUCUGCUCAAGGGAGAUAAUUUGUACAACACGGUUGUGAAGAAUCUUCAGAGUGCUGGAAAACUUAAAAGUAGAUUACUGAUGUUUGAUGAAUUACCAAUUCAUAUUGAUUCUGGUGAAAAUCACCACAUGGUUGAUAAGUUUGAUACAUUGUUUGGCUUAUUAGUUACAGAUGAUAAGAGAAAUCAAAUUCAAACUCUACAUGAAUGUCUGCAACAAGCAUUGGGAUUAUCUAGAUUAGAUCAGUUAACAACAACUGCUCUCACAAACAAACAAUCUGAUGGCACCAAUACUGGUCACUUAAAAACAACAGCAAUAAAGAAAGAUAAAAAGGAUUACAUGAGACAAUAUAUGAGAAACAAGAGACAAAAUCCAGAGAUUAAAAGCAAGGAAAGGGACAGUAUGAGAAACAAGAGACAGGAUCCCGAGUUUAAAGUCAAGGAAAGGGACAAUAAAAGAAGCAAGAGACAAGAUCCAGAGUUUAAAGACAACGAAAGAGACCAUAUGAGAAACAAACGACAACAUGCAGAGUUUAAAGUAAAGGAAAGGGACAGUAAAAGAAGCAAGAGACAGGAUCCAGAGUUUAAAAACAAUGAAAGAGACCGUAUGAGAAACAAACGACAAAAUGCAGAGUUUAAAGGAAAAGAGAGGAACAGUAAGAGAAACAAGAGACAGGAUCCCGAGUUUAAAGUCAAGGAAAGGGAAAGUAAAAGAAGCAAGAGACAAAAUCCAGAGUUUAAAGACAAUGAAAGAGACCGUAUGAGAAACAAACGACAAAAUACAGAGUUUAAAGACAAGGAAAGGGACAGUAAGAGAAUUAAAAGGCAAGAAGAAGAAUAA